AUGGCAUCUAAUCAAGACGUUUUGAAAGGAAGAAAGACAGAUUUCAUAAGUAUUCUGUCAAGGGACUUUUUAAUCUUCGACAUGGUGCAUCAAAAAAACAUUUUGACUGAGCGAGAUUACCAACACUUAGUAGACUUGUUUGAUAACGACAAGGAGCGUGCAGCAAGAACACUAAUUGAUAAGGUGAGAUAUAAAGGCGAUCAGAAGAGCACAAUGUUUGUGAACUUACUUCAAGAGGAGUUGAUUUUGGACACCUACCCCAGGUUGAAAGAGAUCUUCAACUUGAAUGCCAAUCUCAACAAAAAUGGUACACAAGACGUUGGAAUGAUCGAGGACAGUUCCUAUACGAUGACCAGUGAUCCACGAGGACUCUGUGUUGUCAUCAACAACGAGAAUUUCAAGAACCAUAAACAAAGAAAAGGAACACAGAAUGAUGUUGAUGCCCUGGUGAAGGUGUUCAGCUGGCUGGGAUUCAGAGUUGUGUUGUGCCAGGACCAGACCAAGAUACAGAUGGCUGAUGUGUUGCGUCAUUUUGCGUCAUUGAAUUUAGCUGAGCUUCAGAAAUGCAAAGUUAAAGAGUGGUCUGGCAGUCAGUUUACUGAGAUUAAGAAUCCUAUCAUGCAUGGAGAUGCCCUUAUCUGCUGUGCCCUGAGCCAUGGUGAAAGAGGAGGUAUCUGUGGAAUUGACGACACAGUUCUCUCCAUUGAUGAAAUGAGCUCCACUUUCAUUGGGAGUAAAUGCCCUGCCCUUAGUGGCAAACCCAAGGUGUUCAUCCUUCAGGCAUGUCAGGGAUCAAAAGUACAGUCUGGAGUGCAGGUGGACUCAGCAGAGAAAGAGGAGGAGAUGGAAACCGAUACCGUACCAGGUUCCACUUCACAACAACCGUACUACAUUCCUGAAGAGGCAGAUUUCCUAAAGGCUUUUUCCACCGUAGAAACAUAUGUUUCUUUCAGAGAUGGAGUUGAAGGUUCCUGGUUCAUCCAGUCUCUCUGUAAACAACUGGAAAUAGGUUGUACAAGGGGGGAUGACAUCCUGACCAUCUUCACACGAGUCAAUAACGAAGUCAGCCUGAAGGAGGCUGCAAAGGCUGAACCGGGGAAAAAAAAACAGAUGUCAGAGCUUAAGUCAACUCUGAGGAAAACACUUAUCUUUCACCGUAAAAAGUAAAUCCUCAACCUGCUAUUUCUCACACUGUGGACCUAGCUACUAUUUUUGGGUGAUGAAAGGACACUGAUUUUUUAAUUAUUUUUAUUUAAUUGAAAUGUUAGCCUAUUUUACUUUUUCACUUUUCUUAGAGACAUAGGCCUAUGAUGUAAUAUGAAAAGCCCCUGAAUAAUGUAGGCUACAUAACAAUGUAAUAAAAAAGGAAGAACUUUUAUACUUUUCUGCCAGAGCAGUACAUUUUGGUUGACAAUAAAACUCAGUUGUGAACCUGA